GACAAGGAGGCAGAUUCACAGCUGGCUCACCAUGGGCCCAUGGACAUGGAAACCACAAAAUCAAGUCUGUACUAGGCCAAGCAGGCACCUGGACAGCAAGUUCAGCAUGUUUCCAUGGACACAGAUCCUUCCUUCUCCCCAGAGGACAGGGCACUCAAACACUGGGCUUUCUAGCUGGCGUCAGAUUAGGAGACCUCCAAACCUGCUCAGCAUUGCACCGAUUUGUCCAAUGCAGCCAUGGAGACCUGGAAGCCUCCAAAACAUGAGCCCUCCAUCCCAGGACAGCAUGGCCCUAAGAAGCCACUGGCACACCAACUUGACCUCCCAAUCUAUGACUGCAUGCUUUUCACCUCUGCAGGGAAGGGAGCAUUCAAGUCUCUUCUCACUUUCAAUGUGCUUCAGCCUAAGGUCCUUGUGGCCUGCUAUCUCUUCAUUAUUCAUUUUGUGGGGAGGUCUCCUCCUGAUGAGAAAACUAUGCCAUGCCAUAGAAGGUGAAACAGGCCAGUGGUUUCAACACUUUGUUUUUGAAUUCAUGGCAGGAAAUGAAGAGGGGCAAUGGGAGGAGGUAGCGCAGGAGACCCAGGCACUGAACUAUAUAGAGUCAUUGGCAGAAAUCCUCCAGUUAAAGGAGCAGUGUUCCAUCCUCAAGGGAGAGGUGCAGGCAUUAAUGCAAGAAGCCAAGCAGUGCACUGAGAGGCUGGAUCAGCUCCAUGAGGUGGAGAGCUUCUUUAUUCAAAUGAAGAUCUUCCUCAAUAUUUCUGCUUUACAUGCAGUACCCAAGGGUUAA